CCUCUCAUUUCUCCUCUCCAGCGUCUCUUUUUGCGGCGAUGAACAAAGCUGAGACCUCAUCAAUGGCAGAGGCGGAGUCCGAAGAUUCAGAAACAACAACACCCACGACCCACCACCUCACCAUCCCACCAGGCCUGACUCAGCCCGAGUUCCAAGAGUUGGCCCACUCCAUCAGCGAGUUCCACACCUACCAAGUCGGCCCAGGCCAAUGCUCCUCCCUACUCGCUCAACGUGUCCACGCGCCGCUCCCUACUGUCUGGUCCGUCGUCCGUCGCUUCGACAAACCGCAGACCUACAAGCAUUUCAUCAAGAGCUGCCAUGUGGAAGACGGUUUCGAAAUGAGAGUGGGAUGCCUCAGAGACGUCAACGUCAUCUCUGGUCUGCCGGCGGAGACCAGCACGGAGAGAUUGGAUAUACUGGACGACGAGAGGCACGUGACCGGGUUCAGUAUCAUCGGAGGGGAGCAUCGGCUGCGGAACUACCGGUCGGUGACUACGGUGCAUGAAUAUCAGAAUCAUGGGGGAGAGAUCUGGACCGUUGUUUUGGAAUCGUACGUGGUGGAUAUGCCAGAAGGGAACACAGAGGAGGACACGCGUUUGUUCGCCGAUACCGUGGUGAAGUUGAAUCUGCAGAAGCUGGCGUCGGUGACCGAAGGCAUGGCACGGGACCAGGUGAUGUGAAAAUCCAACUUGUAAAAAAAAAAAA